AUUAUAUACUUUUGUACAUACAUUUGUAUCAAAACAACAACAAAGAAGACAAAAACGACACAAAACUUCCUUUUAAUAAUUCCUAAAACUUUAUAUACCUCAAAAAUCCCUCAAAACACCACAACAAUAACAAAAACAAACGUUAGCCCAAAUUUAAGCCAAGGCUGAGAACAAUUGAGAAUUUCUUGAAGAAAAAAAAAAUCAAAAAAUAUAACAAGUUCUACAACAGCAAUCUAAAUACCCCCCAGUCCAGCAGGUACUGGUCAUCUGGGGGCCGCCAUCACCGAGUGUUGUGGCCCAGUCCACCCCCCGUCAUUUAAAUUAAAAAUUAUGCUGGGCAACGACAUUGACGACGUUAACAUUAAACCCACCGCGGGCAUUUUGGGUACGGCAGCAUUUCUGGAUGUCAGACAAUAUUUCAACACUGAACGUGACCUUGUCGGCCUGCGCACUUAUGGCUUUGUCAUCAAUGACACAUUUCUUUUGGCUGAUUAUGAGGAGACCACCAUCAAUGCGAAGGAUGCCGCCGCUGCAGCAGCAGCUGCUGCCACCUCCAAUGGUGGCCUAAGCGGAUUUGAUUUGAAUAACAAUAAUUUGAUAAUCUUCAAUCGAAGUGGUCUGCUCAUGAACGAGAGCAACAAUGACAGCAACACAUUCCUAAUUAGCACCUAUAAUGGAGUACCGGGAAUUCUUGGCGGUUUGGAUGCCAAUGCCAGUCUUGGCCUGCCACUGCCCGAGGAUGUGGUGGUGCUAUUGAAAAUGAUCACCAUGUCUGUUGUAUUGGGUCUUAUGAUACUUAUCACCAUCAUCGGAAAUGUUUUUGUUAUAGCGGCAAUCAUAUUGGAGCGCAACUUGCAGAAUGUGGCUAAUUACUUGGUUGUAUCAUUGGCUGUGGCGGACUUGUUUGUUGCCUGUCUAGUAAUGCCACUGGGUGCUGUAUACGAGAUUAGCGAGGGCUGGAUAUUGGGUCCGGAAUUAUGUGAUAUUUGGACUUCCUGUGAUGUUCUAUGCUGCACGGCAUCCAUACUACAUUUAGUCGCAAUUGCAACCGAUAGAUACUGGACGGUGACAGAUAUCGAUUAUCACAAUUUGCGAACACCACGUCGCAUAUUUUGCAUGAUAUUUACAGUGUGGUUUUUUGCCGUCAUUGUUUCGUUGGCGCCCCAAUUUGGCUGGAAGGACCCCGAAUACAUGGAGCGCAUUGAACAGCAAAAGUGUAUGGUAUCGCAGGAUGUCAUCUAUCAGAUUUUCGCCACUUGUUGCUCCUUCUAUGUUCCAUUAUUAAUGAUUCUGGUGCUGUACUGGAAAAUCUAUAAAAUUGCCCGCAAACGUAUCCAAAGGCGAACAAAGCGUUUACAUUAUUCCCAGAGCACAACAAAGGAUGUGGUGGAUUAUCAGGACAAAGUGAAGAAGAGACGCAUCAAAAUAUGCUUCAGCAAAGAUAUCUCGUCGGAUAAAGGUUUCAGCUCAUCGGCGGGUGACAAUUAUGCGAGUGGGUCCAAUGCCAACAUCCGCGAAGAGACAGAGUUCAGCACCAGCAACAUUGAGGACAAGAGUCAUGCGGGCACGGAGCUGACCAAUGUCUCCGAUGAGAUGACAACAACGAAUGCCGAUGAACGCAUACCCUUGCCUCUGGAGAUUUCAACUGUGUCGCAGCAGGUCGCUGCCACAACGUCAACAUUUCAACAGCAUGUCACGGCAAUUGUGCUGACCUCCGCCUCGCCAAGGCUAAUGUCGUGUCCAAACAGCAAACAACAGCAGCAGAACUUCCUUGGUACAAAUCCCCACCAAAAGUUGGCCAAGCGACGUCAGCAAAUCGAGGCGAAGCGCGAACGCAAGGCAGCCCAGACGCUGGCCAUCAUAACGGGCGCCUUUGUUGUCUGUUGGCUGCCCUUCUUUGUGAUGGCUCUGACACUGUCGCUGUGUAAAAACUGUGAAAUUCAUGCAGCCGUUGCCUCGCUCUUCCUAUGGCUGGGCUAUUUUAAUUCCACCCUAAAUCCCAUCAUUUACACCAUCUUCAAUCCGGAAUUUCGGCGUGCCUUUCAGCGUUUGCUGUUUGGCAAGAACUAUGUGGCCCAGCGCUGCAAACGACGCAGUGCGAACAUAUGAUCUUAGCAGAAAAAGGCCCCAGAGCCUAGUGUUGCAAUUGCCGCCGAAUACACAAGCUGUGCGUGAUGUUAAAUGAGAGCAAUAAUGAAUUUCUAUUCUAAAAAGCAUUUCAAUAAUAAUUCUGGUAAGAAGCAAAAAAACUAGCAGUAAAUCUAUGAACAAUGUAUGAAUAAUAAAAGGCGCCCAAGGCUGAAUAACUAAAUAAAAAAAAGGACAAUCUCUUUAAAAUUCCCCAAAAACAAAUAACAAAGAAACAAACAAACAAACCAAACUAACUAAGAAAUUUAUAGAAAUCCAACAAUAAUGCCUUUAUUCAUUUCAAUUAAAUAUGUUACUAUGUACAUGCAUACAUACAAACAUACAUACAAGUGUAUGUGUGCAAUCCAAAGAAGAAAAACAAACAACUACAACAACCAAUUUGUAUGUGUAACACCUCAACUAGAUUAAAAUUUUGUGAAGAGAGAAGAAAGAACAAAACAGAAAACACACAAAAACCUAAACCCUUAUAAACAUAGUUUUAAACAUAACUUUUUGAACGUGAUUUUAAUAAAUAAGUAAUCCAAGAGCUCCUUACAAAUUAAAUAUUAAAAGAAAUCAACAAACACAAAAAAAAACCAUUAAAUCAAUAAGCAUCAACACUUUAAGCAAACAAAAGAAAAGAAUCAAAUCAAAUCAAAGAAAGCCAUUUCAACUAGCAACUAAGGAAAAAACUACAAAGAAACCGAAACCAAGGAAGAAUAAAUGAAAACAGAAAAACACAAGAAACCCUAAAAAAUCAACAUCUAACAAUAAAUGCCCUCAAUUUAGCCCGCAAGGCAAUUCAAGUAUUAAUAAUGGUAAGAAGAGGAUGGUUUUUACAGCGAUCUGGAUUGUACAACGUUAGGAACUAGAAGGCAUCUUCCGUCUUCUGUUCCUGUGGCAUCACAAUGGACGAAAACGUCUAAGUGAGUCUGAUGACAGACGGCCACUUAAACCUAACCUAACCUAAGAAGAGGAAUGUCUUUGGGAUAGAAAAU